AUGGUGCGGGAAAUGGAGUAUUACGAUUUGCUGGGGGUGGCUCCCACAGCAAACGCGAACGAGAUCAAGAAGGCCUACUACAAUCAGGCGCGCAAGGUGCAUCCGGACAAGAACCCCAAUGACCCCGAUGCAGCAGCCAAGUUCCAAGCACUGGGCGAGGCGUACCAGGUGCUCAGCGACGAGAUGCAGAGGCAGCGCUACGACGCUGCUGGGAAAUCAGGCAUCUCCAGGGAGGCGAUGGUGGAUCCAGCAGCGCUGUUUGGGAUGCUAUUUGGCAGCGAGGCCUUUGAGGACUAUGUGGGGCAGCUCGCCAUGGCCACCCUCGCCUCCCUCGCUGUCGACUCCGUCACCAACGCCUCAACCCCUGCCGGCCCGUCUAUUGCCAAGGACGCGGCUUCCAGUGCUGCUGCGACUCCCGGGGGGCCUGGGGACGGGGUGGACGCGAUGGCGAUUCAGGCCAAGCUUACGGCGGCACAGGAGGAGCGAGUGCAGGAGCUGGCGGUGAAGCUCAAGAGCCGCCUGGACGUGUACGCGUCACCCUCGGCCAACCAGGGCCUGGACGGCGGCCGGCAUGCAUUCAUGCGCUGGGCGCACGAGGAGGCAGAGGAGCUGAGCCACGCUGCCUUUGGAGAGCACAUGCUGGAGAGCAUAGGGUACGUGUACGAGCGCAGUGCGGCCAAGGAGCAGGGCAAGAGCAUCAUGUACCUGGGCAUGCCGUAUGUGGGCGAGUGGUUCCGAGAGCGGGGAAGACGCAUCCAAACACAGUGGUCUGCUGCAAUGGGAGUGGUGAGUCUGGUGCAGAUGCAGAUGGACAUGAGGCGGCACGUGGAGGAGAGUGACAUGGACGAGGCAGCCCUCGUGUCCUUCCUCGAGAGCAAGCAGCAGACGCUGCUCGAGUCGCUGUGGCGUCUCAACGUGCUGGACAUCGAAGCCACGCUCUCCACUGUCUGCCACCAGGUUCUCACAGAGGCGGAUGUUUCGCGGACCACCCUGGAGGCACGCGCACACGCACUCAAGCAACUGGGGGCCAUUUUUCAGAGCAAGGCAAUGCACAUGGCAAAGGAGAAAGCAGCAAAGGAGAAAGAGAAAGUGGACAAGGAGAAAGCUGCGGCAGGCGCUACUGCUGAUGGUACAGCCGCAGAGAGUUCUGCAGGAUCCGAGAAAGCAGGAGCAGGUGGCGCUGGCAGCAGCACCACAGCCAAUGGUGUGACGGGCUCUAAGGCUACGACAGUUGCUGUUGCUGCUCCCCAACCCCCGCCUUUGAUACACCCAGUAGCACCGGAGUGGGAUAAGCUGGGCUCAUCCGCAAAGAAUGGUGCAGCGUUCAACCCCUAUGCCCCAUGGCCGCCUGGUGCCACUGCUGAUUCCCAUAAAUCACCCAAGUCCUCCUCUCAUUCCAGAUCUACCCCCAAGUCUUCCAAAGACCCCUCCCCAAAACCCACCUCCUCUCCCAAACCAACCUCCUCCUCACCCAAACCCACCUCGUCCCCAAAACCCACCUCGUCCCCGAAACCAACCUCCUCCGCCAACCCAUCACUGCGGAAAGAAGGCAGUGGGCCCGAGCAUGCAUUCGACAGCAUGUCAGUGUCCGAGCUCAAACGGUACAUUCGAGAGCACGGAGGCGACACCACAGGCCUCUUGGAACGACCCGACCUUGUUAGCCUCGCCAAAACGCUCAACUAA